CCGACGGGGGAACGGAUGCUCUGGCAUUAGGCACAGAGAGCUGGGCCUUGGCAAGAGGCAAGGAACCUGCAGAGCUCCUGCACUUCUCCCUGGUGGCUGGGAUCCCCGGGGAAUGCAGGCAGCAUUGAACACAGAACACUAAUAUUGCUGCUGAGGGCAGGGGGUCUUCCUGCAGAGGAGGCUUUGCUGGACCAGCACCAGCAGCAAAGGGCUCUUCUGAGCAUUCCCCAGAGAACCUGCUGGACUUGUAUCAGCAGAAAAGGGUUUUUCUGAGCAUCCCCUAGAGAACCUGGCCAGCAGCAUGGAGCUGAGGUCAGGUGAGGCAUCAGGGAAGGUAAAAGAAAAGGAGGAGAGAGGAAAGAGAGCCCACAGAGAUUCCUCCCGAGACGUGCUGGAGUGGAGGGAGUCCUUUGACCAGCUCCUCAAGAGCAAAAGUGGGGUAAAUGCCUUCCACACCUUCCUGAAGACUGAGUUCAGCGAGGAGAACCUUGACUUCUGGCUGGCGUGCGAGGACUUCAAAAAGACCCGGUCGAAAACCAAGCUGGCCUCCAAAGCCAACAGGAUCUUCGAGGAGUUUGUCCAAAGCGAGGCGCCCAGGGAGGUGAAUAUUGACCACGAAACCAGGGAGAUCACCCGCAAGAACCUCUCGGGGGCCACCUCCGCCUGCUUCAACGAGGCCCAGGCCAAGACGCGCACGCUGAUGGAGAAGGACUCGUAUCCGCGCUUCCUGAAAUCCGCCUCCUACCAGGACAUGAGCAGGCAGGCCGCCAGCCGCGGCACCAGCAAGCGCUCGCACACCUGAGCCGGGCCCGGAGCGCGGGGGACGAGCCAGGGCCAGGCAUGGGGGGGACGUGCCGUGCCAGGCCUCAGGCCCGUGCGGCGGGGUGUCGGCCGGAGUUCUGGGAUUUUGGCAGGAGUUCUGGGGUUUUGGCAGGAUCCCCAGCACCUGGAGCGCUGCCCGCUCCGCACGGAGCCGGCGUUGCUCCCUCUCCGGGGAGGUGGGAGCCCGGAGCCUCCCCUUGCAGCUCGACCUGCGCCGCUGCAGACACGGAAAGAGCUCGGGUCUGAGCUGCCAGUCCGGGGAAAAGAGAUGGGAUUGCCCUGAGCAUCCUCAGCCCAAGAGCUCCCACCUGCUCCCGGGAGCCUGCCACUCCCCCUGGCAGGGAAUGGCCAGGAUAAAAGUCCCGAGACUUGGUGGCAUUUUCAGCUGGAGGGAUCCUGUGCCUGCCUUCUCCUGAUCCCAACGUCCUCCAGCUGUGUCCUGUGCAUGUUCUGCAUCAAAGCUUCCACCUCCUUCCAGCGCAGUGAUGCCGCUGUCCCUCGCCUGAGCUCCACGACCUUCAGAUUGCACCUAAUCUUGGGUCACGUGCGCCACGUUUUAUUCCUAUUAUUGUUAUUUAUUUCAUCAUUGUUGCUAUUAUUAUAUCUAUAUUUAUCAGAGGAGCACUGCUGAAAGCACACACGCAUGUCCCUUGCUCCGAGGAGCUUGUAAAUUAAAUUAUUUUAGCUGUUGCAGCACUUAGCAUGCCCCCCACCUUUUCUGUAUGAUAAUUUGAGAGGACCAGGCAGAUUUGGAGCACAACUGUGGAGCGAGGUGUGCCAGUAGCAGCAGGGAGAGCUGCUAGAGGGCUUGGAGGACCAUGGAUGGCAGUGCAAGGAUGUUUUGCAGCUCAUAUUGUUCCCUCUCUCCCCUUAGAGAAGUGGAAUCUCAGCACACAGCAGCUUGUCCUAGGCAGGGAGCAGAGAGGUCAAACAGGCACUUUGGUGAGCAGCUCUAUGGAAACCUUGAUUUUCACACGUGGCAGAGAAAACCUGGGGCUUGGCCUGGGUUUGUAAUUGGGCUUGGUGCUCCCUGGGAUGGUGAAACCAAUCUGCAGCCACAGCACUUUACCAGAAACCCGUGGAGUGAGAGAAACCAGUGCUGUGGAUUCAGUGACUCAGAGGGGUUGCAGGACACAUCAUCAGCCCAGACCUGGGGGCACUUUUCAGAAAGUCCCUCUCAGCAGGAAUUCUGGGCUCCUGGAGAGGUGUGGAUCCCACCUGGCAGCAGCAGCCUGUGCUGGGCCCUGGGGAAUGUGCCAGCAGCACUGCUCCCUGCUGAGGACUGCUUUCCAGGGCUCUGCUUAUCCCUAAAGACCAAACCUGGAGAUGCUCAUCCCACUGGUACUCACACCUUGCCACGGGAACUCCCUUUUGCCCCUCUGUCCCAGCAGCAGCCAGAGCACAGCAUCCUUUGGGCUUUUCACAGCUGCUUGAGCAGAGCAAGGGACCAAGGGCCAGUUUGGGGAUGUUAUUCCGGGUGCUCUUCCACCAUCCCCGUCCUGGUCCCACCUCUGAGCCUCUGGCUGUUGUCCUGGCUGUGUUUACAGGGAGAUAUCAGCUGCUUUCUUAUUUAAUAUUUAUUUUUACAACUGGAACCACCUUUGCUGUGUUACUGAAGUGAGCAAUGCACAAUGGUCUGUUCUCAUUACUGACGUAACGUUGUCCUUACAAAAUAAAAAGUAAAGAGAAAAAUACCCUGACAGCAUGGGCUGGGUCUGUAUUUCUUUUUUCCUAUUUGUGGACAUUCAAUUAAAUUUUACAUUCUAAUUCUG